CAAGCGCAAGCUUGAGCCAUUGCUGCAUGAUGGCCGUUCCGCGACCAGCACUCGCAUGGAUUGCAGCGCUCGCGCUUGCCACGGCCUUCGUGCCGCCGCUGAGGCGACAUGCACAGCUCAAGCCCGUUUCAUCGACUGCGCGACGACGACCUACAUUGUUACGCGCGACCGACGAGCCGCGCAGCGAUAAUGGCACGAGGGACGACGAGUUCGACCUGGAGCCGCGCGCAGCCAAGGACGACGCGCCGACGGCCGCUCUGGCCAAGUCCGACGACGAGACGAACCCCUACUACAAGGUCGUGGCUGCGUUAUCCCCAGGCGAGAUCAUCGGGCGGUUCGCGGCGACGGCGCCGCCGCGCGUCCAGGACGCCGUCAAACAAACGAUCAUGGGUCUGCUCGGCAACGCGGGCUCCUUCGCCCUCGAGACGGCGACGGUGACGACGUCGGAGAAGCUCGCGAACCUCAUGUUCCAGCUCCAGAUGACGGGGUACAUGUUCAAGAACGCCGAGUACCGGUUGAGUUUGUCGCGGAGUCUGCAGCCGUGUGGAAAUCAACCAGUGAGUUAGGUUAUCCUGAGAAAUAUUGCGUGAGCCUUCGUGAGCCUCCAAGCCAUCGAGCCGACGCGGGCACGGGGACAACGUCGCGUCGAUGGCGUGGAAUCGCCACGCCAUCGCGCAGACGCAGCUACGGAGACAACGUCGCGUCGAUGGCGUGGGGCGCCCGAAAUUUGAUUUCCACACAGGUCUGCAGGACGUGCCCGCGCUCAUGCCGGGCGAGGACGACAGUUCUUCCCUGCCGCCCGUCGAGGGCCAGGUCAAGGUCAACGUCAUGGGCGAGGAGGUCGCCAUCGACGCCGACGCGUACAUGGCCGAAUUACGGGAAGAGGUCGAGACGCUGCGGACGGAGUUGGAUAGGGUCGAGGAAGCUCGAAGGGAGGCGACGCAGUCCGAUUUAUUGGCGUACGUGCGCUCGCUGCCGGAGCAGCAGAUGGCGGCGCUCACGUCGGAGAUUACUGAUGAUGUUUUGGAUGGCAUGAAGAAGCUCGUCUAUUCCAUCAUGAAGGGCAUGGGCACGUCGUCCGUCGAGGCGAACACGCUGCUGCAGCAGUCGGGGAGCGCGAUGGCGCAAUUAUGCAUGUGGCAGCUCGCGAUCGGCUACAACUUGCGCGAGCUCGAGGUGAAGAACGCGCUCUCGAAGCAGCUCGAGGCCGGCGAUGAUGGCGGCGACGCCGUCGACGCGUAAAUUGACGACUCGUA